GUUGCCGCGCAAUCGCCAGUGUUGUCAGUCAAGCAUAGAUUCUAAUUUCAAAUUUUUUUUUUUAACAGUUCAACCGACUAUUAACAUAAUGUGGCUACCGGUGUUCCAUUUAUCUGUGAUUGCAUUAAAUGUAUAUGCGUGCACUUACGAUCAAUUGUAUUUGGACAUACCGUUUCCAUCCAAAGUGUUUGACGAUAUGCCGUUCAAAGCCCGAUACAUGUUUCUAACGAUAUGGUGUUUUAUGCUCCAAACGUUAUACUUCUGCGUGUCAUUCCUAAAUGACAUAAUCGGGACAAACGAAGUGGCGCCGAAACGGACACCAUUGAUACGCAAUAUAAAAGACAUAUUAUUCAGCGUGGCUUUCCCUAUAGCCCUCUACGUGUCAGUGGCCUUCUGGGGCAUCUACGCGAUCGAUAAACCACUGGUAUUCCCCGAAAUGCUGGAGAAAAUAUUCCCUGCCUGGCUAAAUCACACCAUGCACACAUUCAUCACAGUGUUCCUGAUUAUCGAGUUACUGGUCACCAAGAGGAAUUAUCCGUCAAGAAUAACCGGGAGCACCAUAACCAUAGUGUUUGUGGUGUCCUACAUAAUAUGGAUGCAUGUGCUUCACGCCAGGACCGGAGCGUGGCCAUAUCCAAUCUUCGACGUGCUAAAUCUCCCAAUGAGAUUCGUAUUUUGUGGAUUUAGUACAAUCUUAGGUUUAGGUAUUUAUAUAGUCGGCGAAAAAUUGAAUUCUAUAGUAAGCCCUAUAUCAAAACAAUAUUACAGCAAUGGUACAUCGAAAAAGAGUAAACUGAAAUAAAUUAUUGAAAAACAGACUGAGAUAA